UCGGCAAUAUACGCCGUCGUCGCCUAAUGAUAGAGUUUCUAUAGACGCGCGUUCGCGUGCAGAUGUGAGCGCGCUCUGAUCUAAAGGGCGGGUUGAAACAUCUUCUCAAAACAAGCAAAGACAUCAUAGAUGUUCAGUCAGGACUCUCACUGGAUCUAUUCUACACCGGAAGAACAACAGCAAUCUCGACUUCUCUGACAUCCACUCAGGAUUUUGAGGACUUUUGUUUUAAGGAUGAAGGUGGUAUUUUUUUUCAUGAUAAUUUUUACAAGCCAAAUCUUCACAUCUCAGGGGCAAGCCUGUCGGAGUGGACCGGAGGUGCUGAACGCUCUUCGGCAGGUGCAGAAGCUCCUCUCGGCCCACGAGAUGUCCUUCCUACAGAGUCUGCGGAGCCUCCGCAAGAAACUGGGCCUGUUGCAGAACAGCACAGUCAAACACAGCAGCACAGUCUCGGCCUGCCCUCCUCCUGAACCGCUGGCGAACGGCCGGGUCCUCGGGAGUGUGUUUGAGUCGGGACAUGAGGUCCACUUCGUGUGCAGCCCUGGCUUUGAGCGGACGGGGCCGGAGACCAGAGUCUGCCUGGAGUCCCGGAGCUGGAGCGGAGCAAAGCCGUCCUGCAGGACUGUGGACUCUGACGUAUCCGCGGCUCCAUCAGCGUCCGUGAGGCCGUCGCGCUGCGUCCAGUUCCUGGACUCCAGUCACUGCAGCUGUGAGCCGGGGUUCAGCAUCUCCAGCCACAACACCACGCUGUGCACAGACAUUGACGAAUGCGAGCUCUUCCGCCUAACUCCACCUGGCCGUCUGUGUUUGCACACCUGUGUGAAUACCGCUGGAAGUUUCCGGUGCCAGUGUCCCGCCGGAUACCGCCUGGGCCGCGAUAGCAGGAGCUGCCAUGACAUUGACGAGUGUGUGAGGGCGAGCCAUAACUGCAGCAGCGAGCAGGUGUGUGUGAACACAUACGGAGGUCAUCGCUGUGAGUCGGUGGACUGUCCUCGCUUCCACAACGCCACAUACAUCAAAACCUCACCGCUGCGUUGUGACCGUAACCCGUGUGUCCAAGGAGACGACUCCUGUCUGCAGGCCCCGGUCUCCAUUAACUUCCACUUCAUGGCAGUGGUGUCCAACAUGUCGGCGCCCACCGUGCUCUUCCGCCUGUCUGCUGCCCGUGUCCUGGGCGACGCGCUGCGCUUCGGCCUGCUGGGGAAGCCGGGAGUUCAGCACUUCAGCGUCCAGCGCGCCGGCAGACACACGGGGCAGCUGGUGCUGGUGAAGCCCGUCCAGGGUCCCGCCACGCUAGAGGUCGACAUCCAGAUGAGGGAAAUGGAAAGAAACGAGCUGUUGGGGCGAUACGUCACGAAAGUCACUCUCUUUGUGUCACCAUACAGCUUCUGAGACGCAGAGGACAGUGCUGUGGAAUCAUUCACAGGCGAGAUACUGGGCACUGACCCUGCCGAAGAGAGAUAGAGGCACUAUUGUACUAUUCCUGAGGAGCCAAUUUACCAGGACAAAAGAAAACUUACGAAUGGCCGGAGUCAUUUAAGCCCUCAGAAUAGGAGACAAAAACCUUCCAUUUGGACCGAAAUAUUCAUGCAGUGUUGAAGUUAAUUAUGACAAUGACAUGUCAUUUUGAAAUGCGGAGAAAUGACCUAAUUUGAAUAGAUUUGUCCUUUUU